ACUGACAUUGUUUAUAUCAUUUUAUGUAUCGAAAUGAUACUCGAUCGAUAAAUUUUGGCAUUGAGGUUGACAAAUUAUCGUGUGCAAGUUCAAAAUAUUUCGCACGUCACGUCGAACACGUGACAAUUUUCCACCCGUUCACUCAAUGGAUCAUGCGCUGUUCUAGUGUUAUUUCGUCAUAUCCGCUUUAUCACUGGAUUAAUCCACGUGAUUGUUAUUUAUUGGAUCGAUUUCAAUUUCACACGUGAAGUACGGCAAUUUUAUUCAUCGAUUCCUCCAUAGGAUGAUGAAGGAAAGGAUGGUUUUUAAGUAAAAAUUAAUUAGUUUCCUAAAUAUUCCGCUUAUACAGGAAUUGAUUUUAAUAUUUAAACAAGCCUGUACUGUAAUUAAUUAACGAUAUAGUAAUUAAAUCAAAAAAGAUUUGAAGAAAAGUUAAUUUUAAAGAUAUACCAAAUAGAAAAGAGUAGAAGAAUGAGUUCAAGAAAUGGAUUUUUGACAAUGUUCUAUAUUAUUCUAAGUGUUGUAGUAUUUGAGUGUAUAAAUACGUGUAAAGGAAUGAGUGAACAUGAUGGGAUGCAUGAAAAUCAUACUGUUACUGAUGGUCACAAUGGACAUAAUGGUCAUGACAGUCACAACGAUCAUAAAACAAAUGAUACAACUGGAAAGCCUAAGCAUGACAUGAUGAAUAUGAAUCAUAUGAUGAUGUAUUUUCAUGGUGGUGUUAAGGUUACGAUACUUUUUAAAGAGUGGGCUGUUUCAACUGCUGGUGGACUUGUUGGUUCUGUAAUAGGAAUAUUUUUAUUAGCUCUCAUUUACGAAGGUUUAAAGUAUUUUCGAGAGCAUCUCUUUAAAGUACAUCUUUCUUCGAUACAAUUCUCUACAGUAGCAGUCACAGAACAGAAUGGUGACUCUAUAAGGGAAGUUCAUAAUAUAACAAAGUAAGUUUUAUAUAUGUUUUAAAUUGCAUCUUAUAUAAGGUUUUAUA